CCCACCGCUGUACCCCCGCAUCGUCUCAAAAUCUACGACUACCACACUUUUCUAGUGUCAUGCGCAAUAUCGCAAAAUAAACGCUUGGCCAAUGAUGUCUACACAGCAUCCAGUAGCAACGUGGCCGUAGAAAGAUCGCGGAAUUCUCCAAAGGCUACCCGGCUUUCUUGUACUGCACGCAAUAUAUUCGGAGGCCACGAUCCAGCUAACUCCGGAACUUGUUUACUAUUCUACGAGACUAGGAACCGUCUUCCGUGUUAGUCUCAAAUGUGAGCAGAAUGUUGCACAGUAUAAAUGCGCCUGUAGUCGCAGUUCCAUAACGUGCUGUGCAUCUAGCAACUUACUAUAAUUCGUCAUGAAGCUCUCCGUACCCCCUUUCGUACUACUAGCAGUCAUUGACCAUGUCACUGCCCUUCGAUUUCUCGGACGUGUGAAUCCGGACACGCAAGAGUUGACAUGGCCCGGAACCGGCGUAUCCUUCACCUUUACAGGUUCCUCAGCUAGCAUAGGCAUCGAAGCCACGAGCGGCACUAACAGUGCUGAGCUGACCAUCGAUGGUGUAGCCACUGUUAUCUCGGAUGUCAGUGGAACCUCUAUCAAAACGCCCGCUGACCUCCGCAACGGCAAACACACGAUCGAACUGCGGAAAAGAUCAGAGGCUUCAUAUGGCACCAUAACCAUCGGCAACGUAACAACGGAUGGCACCUUCGGUUCGGAUGUUUACUCAUCCCGCAAGAUCCAAGUCAUUGGGGACUCCAUCACUGUCGGCUACGGUCUUGACGGUGUCAACCCGUGUGUGAACACCGCAGCCGUAGAAAACAACCCCAAGACCUACGCCGCCCUCGCUGCCGACGCAUUAGAUGCCGACUACGACAUCAUCGCCUGGAGCGGCAUCGGUCUAACCAGAAACUACGUCUCUUCAACUCCCGACCCAAGCGACAUCAUGCCUCAGCGCUGGACCAGAUAUGGCGCUCUCGAUCCGUUGAACAGCUACACAUUCCCAGCAAACGCGACACCAGACGCCGUAGUUAUCAAUCUCGGCACCAACGACUUUGGCUAUCAAGCUGGUGUACGCGACCCAAUCGUCCCGGCAGAAUACACUGCCGCCAUGGUCAACUUUGUCAAGACGAUUAAGACACACUACCCAGACGCUGCUUUCUUCCUUCUGACAUCGCCUAUGCUUGGUGACGGAUAUCCUGCAGGUCAGGCACAAAAGACUACGCAGACGAAUGCGCUCAACGCUGCGAUUGCGCAACUUUCAAACAGUACGAAUAUUAGUCUGGUGGAUAUGCCGACGCAAGGCUCAGACGUUGGUUGUGACUACCAUCCUAAUGCUGCGACGCAUGCGGAGAUGGCGGAGAUUCUGGCCAAGGCUCUUGCUGGUGAACUGGGUUGGUGAAAAAGGAGGGAAGUUGCGUAGAGAGUUUGAAGAUGUAUAUACUUGGAGAAUGUAAUUGUGUCCAAGAUCUCUAAGCUUGACGACUUUCUGCACAUGAGCUCGCUGCAGAGGCGGACCAUUUCAGGCUUCCUGCUUAGAUGUGUACUACAUAAAAUGCGACCUACGUAGACAA